AUGUUAAACAUACAGAGAAAUAUACAAAACAGCAAUCCCGGGAAUCCCGGUAGAAAUCCAAUUAUUGAAUUUAAUAAUCUACUUGCAAUUAUCAACAGAAAUGUAAUCUUCCCCAAUCAGAUUCAAAAUCCAGCCAGAUUCGUUACACUUUUAAAUAAUAAUAGUCGACGUUCAAGACGUUGCUAUAAAGGCUUCGAUUUAUGUUGCGUCGUUGUUGGGGAAGAGGCUAGAAAUCAUAACGUGACGAAUCAGAUCGUAGUUAGACGUGUUGCUAAUGCAUUAUGGAGGAACAGUAACGUGAAUGAUAAAAGACGUUAUUGCAUCCUUGCUCGUUUGAUUAACAACGAGUUACAGAGAUUAUAA